AUGUCAAUAAUUGGAAAAAGUGUAGAAUUUAAUCAAUGUGGAGAUUGGAAACAAUUAAAGGUAGUUUCAAGACCAGUUAGAGAACCAAUUGAAAAUGAGGUUCGAGUUAAAAUGGAUUGUGUAGCUUUGAAUCGUGCUGAAGAACUUUAUCUUCAUGGUAAAUUUGUUGAAACUCCUAUUUUCCCUCAUGCUGGUAUUGGUUAUGAAGGAGCUGGAAUUGUUGAAAAGAUUGGUAAAGGAUGUUCAAAAUUUAAAGUUGGUGAUAGAGUAUCUGUAAUGAUGAAUGUUAAAAUGGCAAAGAAUAGUACUCAACAUGAAUAUGCAAUCUUUCCCGAAAAGGUAUUGGUUAAACAUCCAGAUAAUGUUUCUCAAGUCGAAGCAAGUACAAUGUGGAUGGCUUAUCAAACUGCCUACUAUGCAUUGGUAGAAGUGGCAAAGAUUAAAAAGGAUGAUUAUGUUGUUGUUACUGCUGCAUCGAGUAGUGCUGGUAUGGGAAUGAUUCAAGUGGCAAAAGCAUUUGGAGCAAAGGUAAUGGUAACAAGUAGAACAACAAAAAAGAAACAAGCCAUUAUGGAGUAUGGUGCUGAUCAUUUUAUUGCAACCAAUGAUCAAGAUAUUGAAGAAGAAAUUAUGAAAUGGACAAAUAAUAAGGGUGCAAAUAUCAUUAUCGAUCCUGUUGGCGGACCUUACGUUGAAAAGUUGGCAAAUGCUACCGCCUAUCUUGGUACACUCAUUCUUUAUGGAUUGUUGUCACCAGAUGUCACACCAUUCCCAAUCAUUCAAUGUUGGUCAAAAUAUGCUGAUGACCCAAUCCUUCAAGAAAAGGCGGCCAAGUGGAUCAAUGAAAAGUUUGCUAAAAAGGAAUUCAAAUCGAUUGUUGGCAAGGUGUUCAAGGGUAUUGAUUCGGUCCCUGAUGCUUACAAGUAUCUUGAUGGUCAUGACUUGAUUGGAAAAGUGGUUAUUGAAUUUACAAAUAAUUUUACCUACACUGAACACGCCAACCGUAGAACCGUAACAGCAAUGGAUGUCGUUUGUGCACUUAAGAAGCAAGGUCGUACCUUAUACGGUUUCAAUGGUUAA